UUUUUUCUAUAUAUAAACCUCACUAAAUCCCUCUCAAACCCCUCUAAUCUAAGCCCUUUCUUUCUCUCUCUCAUUUUGCUUUUCUUUUUCCCAUUCCUCAUCUCCACCGACCUAUCUUUUUCUCAUCACUACAAGGAAGAAGAAAAUACAGUAAGAGAAGAGGAAGAAAAAACAAUGGUGAAGUUCUCAAAGGAGCUUGAAGCUCAACUAAUACCAGAAUGGAAAGACGCCUUUGUUAACUACUGGCAACUCAAGAAACAUGUAAAGAAGAUCAAGCUCUCUAGAAAAAAUAGACUACCUUCGCCUGACCAUAACAAUGAUUUUGGUCGCUCCAUUUUCGAUCCCAUUCGUUUCAUCGCCAUGAAAGUACUCUCGACCAAGUUUUUCCUCAGCUCCAAUAACAAUACUGAUGAGAUCAUUCAGGUAAGGAGUAAAAGCUUGGAGGAUGGUUCUGAUGAAGAAGAAGUACUCUAUCAAACUGAACUUGUUCAAUUGUUUUCUGAAGAAGAUGAGGUGAGGGUGUUUUUUGAGAAGUUGGAUGAAGAGUUGAACAAGGUGAACCAAUUUUACAAGGCAAAAGAGAGUGAGUUUGUUGAGAGAGGGGAGAUUCUGAACAAGCAACUUCAAAUCCUGCUAGACCUCAAGCAGAUCCUCAGCGAUCGGCGGCGGAAACCGAAUGGUGGCGUUCUUCCGCCUUCGUGGUCAUCUUCUCCCCGCAACUCUGAUUUCUCAGAAAGCCCCGCAGAUAUGAAUGAUAGUUCCAAAGAAGUCUCGCAAACAGAUGAGGUGAUCGCAGCAUUAGAAAAGAAUGGUGUGAAUUUCAUCAAUUCAGCUGCAGGCAGGGGCAAGACAAAGAAAGGGAAGCCAAAGAUGGCCAUGAGGAUCGACAUCCCAGCUACCACACCGACUCGCACCAUCUCAGCUGUCACAUCCAUGCUCUGGGAAGAUCUAGUCAACAACCCCAAGAAAGAAGGUCCAGGAGAUUUCAUCAAUAGAAAGAAAAUCCAAUAUGCUGAAAAGAUGAUUCGGAGUGCUUUUGUGGAACUCUACAGGGGCCUUGGUCUGCUCAAAACUUACAGCUCACUGAAUAUGGUGGCUUUUACAAAGAUACUCAAGAAGUUUGACAAGGUAUCAAACCAACAGGCAUCAGCUAGUUAUUUGAAAGCAGUGAAGAGAUCCCAUUUCAUUAGCUCUGAUAAGGUUGUUAGACUAAUGGAUGAAGUGGAGUCCAUUUUCACAAAGCACUUCGCCAACAAUGACAGGAAAAAGGCAAUGAAGUUCUUGAGACCACAGCAGCAGAAAGAUUCUCACAUGGUCACCUUUUUUGUUGGAUUGUUUACAGGUUGUUUUGUAUCACUGUUUAGUGUAUAUAUAAUAUUGGCACACUUGUCUGGUAUAUUCUCAUCUGGCACAGAAACUGCUUUCAUGGAAACUGUCUACCCAGUUUUCAGUGUAUUUGCAUUGCUAAGCCUGCACUUGUUUUUGUAUGGGUGCAACUUGUUCAUGUGGAAGAAUACAAGAAUAAACUACAAUUUCAUUUUUGAGUUUGCGCCAAACACAGCCCUUAAAUAUAGAGACGCAUUCCUCAUUUGUACCACUUUCAUGACUUCUGUGGUUGGGGCCAUGGUCAUCCAUCUCCUAUUAAGGGCCGGAGGCUUUUCGCCAACUCAAGUUGACACUAUUCCUGGAAUUCUCCUGCUGAUUUUCAUUGCCUUGCUGGUAAGCCCAUUUGACAUCUUCUAUCGUUCAACUCGGUACUGUUACCUUCGUAUAAUACGGAACAUAAUAUGCUCUCCAUUUUAUAAGAUUUUGAUGGUAGACACUUUCAUGGCUGACCAACUUACUAGUCAGAUUCCAUUGCUUAGACACUUGGAAUCAACAGCCUGCUACUUUCUUGCUGGAAAUUUCAAAACCCAUGAAUAUGCAACAUGCAAGAAUGGAAAGCUGUACAGACAGCUAGUUUAUGUCAUCUCGUUUUUGCCAUAUUAUUGGCGUGCCAUGCAGUGUGCAAGAAGGUGGUUUGAUGAAUAUGACCUGAACCACUUGGCUAACAUGGGGAAGUAUAUUUCUGCCAUGGUGGCAGCUGGUGCCAGGCUAACAUAUGCUACACAGAGCAACCACCUGUGGUUUUCUGCAGUCUUGGUGACUUCAGUUGUGGCUACAGUUUACCAAUUAUAUUGGGAUUUUGUCAAGGAUUGGGGACUUCUUAAUCCCAACUCCAUAAACCCUUGGCUCAGAGAUGAUCUAAUUCUAAAGAACAAGAGCAUUUACUACCUGUCCAUUGUCUUGAAUGUAGUUCUAAGAGUUGCUUGGAUAGAAAGCAUCAUGCGGUUUCGGACCAAUCCAGUUCAGACACAUUUGCUAGACUUCUUCUUGGCUUCCCUAGAGGUGAUCCGACGAGGGCAUUGGAAUUUUUACAGGUUGGAGAAUGAACAUCUAAACAAUGUUGGCAAGUACCGGGCAGUAAAGAGUGUUCCAUUGCCAUUCCGUGAGACAGAUUGUGACGGCUGAGAAAUCGUUAAAUUCAGGAUGUUCCUGACAAAGCUGGCAUAAGAGGGCAGGUGAUACCCUUCGGCAGUUCUGUUACCAUAUAAAAGAAGAUUCCAGGGGUCGAAGAUCUCCCUCAUCAAUCAACAAUGACAAAUCCAGUCCAAAUUGUAGAGCUCCCAGUGCAAGAAAAGUUCCAGCAUCAAAUAGCAAUUCUAACCUGGAUUUGCUGAUAUCUGAAUCAAUCUGAUGUCUUAGCCAAUAGCCAAAGGCAUGUUUUUUCUCUCCCUCUAUUCUCUGUUGGGACAAUAAACAAUGAAGUUUAAUAUUGUUUUGAAGCUUGAAAUGUAUAUUAUACAGUCUGUAUAAUGAUGGGAACCAUUGAUUUACGGAGCAAGUGUUCUAACCCAACAUGAAGCAACAAGCUGCCCAUAUCAUGGGCUGUAAUUCCUGGUUAAUAUUUUAGGAUAAAGUUUAAAUUGAAAAAGCUAAAAGCAAAACCAUAAAAAAAAUGGCAAACAGCAAACUUACCGCUUUAAA